AUGGAAUACAGAAAAACAAAACGCAUGGAAUCGGCCAAAUCAAAAGCUAACGAUGAAAAAAUCUCCAGUGACCAUCUAACACAUUUCCUGCACAAACCAAUCCCAAUCGAUACAAGCAGAACACAAAACACUGCCGACAUCACGCAAAACAAGAGCAGAAUCAGACAUUCAUCAUACAUCGCCAAAUACUGCGAUUCCAACACGUGCAUCCGAUAUGUUCGAAGGCCUUGCAACCGAACGCCACACUCGACGUCCAGGAAUAAACCAUCACACAGUCUAGGCCAAUGCUACAAUCCACGCAACAACGUUGCUGGACGAAACAUCACGGCCAAAUCGAAAGCUAACGAUGAAAAAAUCUCCAGUGACCAUCUGACACAUUUCCUGCACAAACCAAUCCCAAUCGAUACAAGCAGAACACAAAACACUGCCGACAUCACGCAAAACAAGAGCAGAAUCAGACAUUCAUCAUACAUCGCCAAAUACUGCGAUUCCAACACGUGCAUCCGAUAUGUUCGAAGGCCUUGCAACCGAACGCCACACUCGACGUCCAGGAAUAAACCAUCACACAGUCUAGGCCAAUGCUACAAUCCACGCAACAACGUUGCUGGACGAAACAUCACGGCCAAAUCGAAAGCUAACGAUGAAAAAAUCUCCAGUGACCAUCUGACACAUUUCCUGCACAAACCAAUCCCAAUCGAUACAAGCAGAACACAAAACACUGCCGACAUCACGCAAAACAAGAGCAGAAUCAGACAUUCAUCAUACAUCGCCAAAUACUGCGAUUCCAACACGUGCAUCCGAUAUGUUCGAAGGCCUUGCAACCGAACGCCACACUCGACGUCCAGGAAUAAACCAUCACACAGUCUAGGCCAAUGCUACAAUCCACGCAACAACGUUGCUGGACGAAACAUCACGGCCAAAUCGAAAGCUAACGAUGAAAAAAUCUCCAGUGACCAUCUGACACAUUUCCUGCACAAACCAAUCCCAAUCGAUACAAGCAGAACACAAAACACUGCCGACAUCACGCAAAACAAGAGCAGAAUCAGACAUUCAUCAUACAUCGCCAAAUACUGCGAUUCCAACACGUGCAUCCGAUAUGUUCGAAGGCCUUGCAACCGAACGCCACACUCGACGUCCAGGAAUAAACCAUCACACAGUCUAGGCCAAUGCUACAAUCCACGCAACAACGUUGCUGGACGAAACAUCACGGCCAAAUCGAAAGCUAACGAUGAAAAAAUCUCCAGUGACCAUCUGACACAUUUCCUGCACAAACCAAUCCCAAUCGAUACAAGCAGAACACAAAACACUGCCGACAUCACGCAAAACAAGAGCAGAAUCAGACAUUCAUCAUACAUCGCCAAAUACUGCGAUUCCAACACGUGCAUCCGAUAUGUUCGAAGGCCUUGCAACCGAACGCCACACUCGACGUCCAGGAAUAAACCAUCACACAGUCUAGGCCAAUGCUACAAUCCACGCAACAACGUUGCUGGACGAAACAUCACGGCCAAAUCGAAAGCUAACGAUGAAAAAAUCUCCAGUGACCAUCUGACACAUUUCCUGCACAAACCAAUCCCAAUCGAUACAAGCAGAACACAAAACACUGCCGACAUCACGCAAAACAAGAGCAGAAUCAGACAUUCAUCAUACAUCGCCAAAUACUGCGAUUCCAACACGUGCAUCCGAUAUGUUCGAAGGCCUUGCAACCGAACGCCACACUCGACGUCCAGGAAUAAACCAUCACACAGUCUAGGCCAAUGCUACAAUCCACGCAACAACGUUGCUGGACGAAACAUCACGGCCAAAUCGAAAGCUAACGAUGAAAAAAUCUCCAGUGACCAUCUGACACAUUUCCUGCACAAACCAAUCCCAAUCGAUACAAGCAGAACACAAAACACUGCCGACAUCACGCAAAACAAGAGCAGAAUCAGACAUUCAUCAUACAUCGCCAAAUACUGCGAUUCCAACACGUGCAUCCGAUAUGUUCGAAGGCCUUGCAACCGAACGCCACACUCGACGUCCAGGAAUAAACCAUCACACAGUCUAGGCCAAUGCUACAAUCCACGCAACAACGUUGCUGGACGAAACAUCACGGCCAAAUCGAAAGCUAACGAUGAAAAAAUCUCCAGUGACCAUCUGACACAUUUCCUGCACAAACCAAUCCCAAUCGAUACAAGCAGAACACAAAACACUGCCGACAUCACGCAAAACAAGAGCAGAAUCAGACAUUCAUCAUACAUCGCCAAAUACUGCGAUUCCAACACGUGCAACAUUGAGGGCGUAUUUUUCUUAACAUAG